CAGGCGGCCCUCCUCCAGGCAAGGUGCUCCGGUGCCUGAUGGGGUUCAUGGAGCCCGGGCUGUGGCUCCUUUUCGGGCUCACAGUGACCUCAGCCACAGGAUUCACUCCUUGCCUUCAGCCUGGGGGCUCUGGCAGGACUGGUGUGCCCCAGCUGACCCCUGCAACCAGAUCUGAGGGUGACUGUGAAGAGACUGUGGCUGACCCUGGUGAAGGGACGAAUCCUGGAAGUCCUGGGCAGAAGCAGGGGCCCGGUUGGUCUGGAGAGCAGGCAGAGGGUGGCUCUGUGCACCACCGCCCCCGGCGCUGCACGUGCUUCACCUACAAGGACAAGGAGUGUGUCUACUAUUGCCACCUGGACAUCAUCUGGAUCAACACUCCAGAACGAACUGUGCCCUAUGGACUGUCCAACUACAGAGGAAGCUUCCGGGGCAAGAGAUCCUUGGGAUUGUCCCCAGGGAGUGUACAGCCCUCACUGGGGAUACAUUCGCGCUGUGCUUGUGUGGGGAUAGAUGACAAGGCCUGCCUACGCUUCUGCACACAAACCCUGGACAUCAGCAGAAAUUCCAGGACAGCAGAAAACCCAGACGAAGAAGAGAAAGGGAGGGCCAGAGGGGCCCGCGGAGGCCUGCGUCAAAGGUUGAAGUCCAGGACAGACACAACAUGGAGCCCUUAGGUGGCCGCCACGGAUGCUUGCUCUCCGCGUGGACUUCCUCCCCGCCUUCCCUGCCUGCUCACUAUAUCAUCCUGCAAGGAGCCGUUGCCCUCCACAGUUAACAUUUCCACCUCUUUAGGGACAAGGGGUGAAUUUGUCUGGGACAGAAAACCCACCCAAAGAGUCCCCAGUUGACAACACACCCUUACUCCAAGAAUGCCCCAAUCCAAGUGACCCCAGUUUCCCUAAUGGGUAAAAUGAUCCCAGAUGUGCCUGGGCCCAGACGCCUGCGGCUCUUGUUUCAGGCAGGAAAUUGUUUUUGGAGAGGCAUGGCAAGCUGGAAAGUCACUCACUGGCUUUUGACAUGACUCCUCUUGGAGAGUAAGUGGAUGCCAGGCAGGCUCUUUGCAAGUGUAAACAUGUGUCCAUCUUGUAAUAGAUGUGCAAGGCCGGUGUGGCCAGGGCAUGUCAACCUCUGAAGGCUGCCGGCUGAAUUAGUAGGCGAGGAGUUGGGGUGAGCCUGGGCCAGAGGUACACAGUAGUUUGAAGCCUGUAGGACUGAGACAGAAAUUUUUAGCCGUGCUUGGUACCCAUCAAAGUAUGUAUCAAGAAAGAAAGAAAGGAAGGAAGGAAGGAAGAAAAAAAGGAGGAAAGGAAGAAAGAAAGGAGCUCUGAUGUUCGUGAGAAAGAAAAGGAGAAAUUGAUGUCUGAUGGUUUUGAACUCUGGGCUCCACAGAGCUUAUUCUUGGCCCAUGGGCUGGACGUCAUGUCCCUUUUAGACACUAGGCCCAGAGCGGCAGAGUUCUCCAGCUUGGUUUGCAAGAAGCUGGYUGUGGAGUCAGCCCCAGCUCCAGGUUAUUAGGAGGAGUAUUUGCUUUCAUGCAUAAAUGUGGAUCUUUGGAGAGUGGCUUCAAAAUAAGCCAUGAACAUAAACUGCAAAUUAUGUAAAUUCCUAUUUAUCUAUAUAAUUGGCAACCACUGGGAAUUGUAACGCCCGGUGGUUCAAGAUCUCUGCAGCUGCGCCCUCCCUGCUGUGCUGGGCUCACAGUGAGAGAGGGACUGUGACUUGGCCAYGAAAAGCUGUCUACUUGGGCAGGUGGGGAGGGCAUCACUCCCAAUGGGCCGUAGAACAAGGAGAAGCUACCUGUGAGCAGGGGAAAGGGCACCUUCCAGGGAAGUCCAGAUGGCUCCUGGUGGAGCGCUGGCCUUGUCUGGACACGAAACUCCGGGGGAGCCUCCCUCUAGCCCUUAUUCUAGGAGUAAGGUGCGUAUCCAUCAUGAGAGAGUGCAGGAGACCAACUUACUGGAGGAAUUCUGUACAGUUUAAGAGAAGCGAUUAUUUAUUGGRCAACUAUUCUCUCCUCCAGCUCUUUUAUGGGAUCUGUUAAAAGUAAAGUCACUGUACAUAUAUAGAUUUUAAAUUGUG